UGUUACGAGAAAUUAAGAGAAUAAAUAAUCUCACGAGGAAAUGGUAGCAUUAAUCUUGAAACUGAACAAAAAAGUUGAAAAUCUUUACAUAUCUGAAUGAGAAAUCUGUAUCUGUCGUGAAAUACGUUGUGUUGACGUGAAAGUCAUGACGUGGAAUACGAAUCCAAUAAGUCUAUUUGUGGAGUGAUAUUUCAGUGCAAUUGAAAAGAAGGCAAUCCUAUGGGCCCGACAGUAUGUUGCGUAUAAGAAGGUGCUAACGGAUUAACAAUGCCCGAUAACGCGGCGCUCUCGGAAGCGCAGCUGCUGGAGGCCACGAUCCCGCCCAGUCCCAUUGUGCAGCAAUGGCGCGAAUUGCAGACAUUCCUCUACAACCCCAAGGACGGCACGGUGAUGGGGCGGACCGGGUGGGAGUGGCUGCAGGUCAUUGCGUUUUAUCUGGCGUUCUACGGAUUCCUGGCGGCCUUCUUCGCCGCGGCGCUGCAUCUCUUCAUGAUGACGCUGGAUCCGCGGCAGCCGCGGUGGCAGCGGGAUUCCGGACAGAUUGGAACAACACCUGGAAUGGGCUUCCGCCCGCGGCCACCGGAUCCCGAGAGCCAGCUGCUCUGGAUCAACAGCACCGCGAAACAGAUGUACAUUGACCAACUAAAGACGUUCUUAGCCCCGUAUACCAACCAGGCAACCAACAACGGCCCGCUCUUAGACUGCUCUCCCAUGUCGCUAACGCCCAACACGACCGUGACGCAGCCUGACGAUACGCACUCGGAUUACGUCUGCAAGUUUGAUAUGAGUUUGUUGGGAGCGUGCGCGGAGAAGUAUGAUUUCGGGUACAACACCAAUCAGCCCUGUGUGCUGCUCAAGAUCAACAAGAUCUACGGCUGGUUCCCCAACGUGAUGACCCCAGUCCCCAGCGAAGUAACGGCCUUCCAGCAGUCUAUCCAGCUGAUCAGUCCACCGGACAGCCAGUCCAUCCCGGUGACGUGCGCCGGCGAGACGGAGCUGGACUCGGCGCUGCUGGGUCCGCUGGCCAUGUACCCGGCCAGCCUCCCCCAGUCCUUCUUCCCGUAUCAAGGCCAGGCCAACUACCUCUCCCCCGUCGUCAUGCUGCAGUUCCUGGAUCUGCCGCGCGAUGUGAUCGUCAAUGUGCGGUGCAAGUUCUGGGUGCCGGAUGUCGUGCACGAUGCGGCCAAGGGCUGGGCGACGGUGGGCUUACAGAUUAUGCUAAACAGCGAAUAACGGCGUUGGUCACCUUGUGGCACCGCGCUGCUUUGUACGAGGGUCACUCGGAAAGUAAUGAUAACUAUCGCACGAUUUUUUAUUGCAUCAGCGCUUUCCUCGUAUUUUCUCAAAACAAUGUCCCUUAAUCUCUAUACAACGUAAACAGCUAAACAGCCACUCAUCAAACGCUUUCGAAAAGAAAUUAGGCGGUAUCUUAGAGAUCGGUGUACUGAUAUUUUCUUCCAGUUCUUCAUCAUUUUCAAACUUUUUGCCACGCAACAAUUUUUUCAAGCCAGGAAAUAUUUCGAACAGAUAAAGGACUAAGGUAACCUAAGAAAAAUAAUG